AAAUAAACAUUCAUUGCAGCUAAUUCUCCAUCAACUAAAUCAAUCUGAAGAAGCAAGAUUAAAUACAUCCUGCUGUUAUGGCAGGCUUGCCCGGAGAUGCACCAUAUUUUGGGGCUCCACAGCCAAGUGAAGAAAAACUGCAGGAAAAAGCACGAAAAUGGCAACAAUUACAAUCCAGACGCUAUGCGGAAAAAAGAAAAUUUGGGUUUGUGGAAACACAGAAAGAUGACAUGCCACCAGAGCAUGUAAGAAAGAUCAUCAAAGAUCAUGGUGAUAUGACCAGCAGGAAGUUUCGACAUGACAAGCGAGUGUACUUGGGUGCUUUGAAGUACAUGCCACAUGCCUUAUUAAAGCUGCUAGAAAAUAUGCCAAUGCCUUGGGAACAAAUUAGAGAUGUGAAAGUACUGUACCACAUUACCGGUGCAAUAACAUUUGUGGAUGAAAUACCCUGGGUUGUUGAACCAAUAUAUAUUGCACAGUGGGGCACCAUGUGGAUUAUGAUGCGUAGGGAAAAACGUGAUCGGCACCAUUUUAAACGAAUGAGAUUUCCACCUUUUGAUGAUGAAGAACCGCCAUUGGAUUAUGCUGAUAAUAUUUUGGAUGUAGAACCACUGGAAGCAAUACAGAUAGAUUUAGAUGAAGAUGAAGACAAGGAGGUCUUUGAAUGGUUCUAUGACCAUAAACCGCUGACUGAUUCGAAAUAUGUAAAUGGAAGUACCUACAGAAAAUGGCAUUUGUCAAUACCCAUUUUGUCUACGUUAUAUCGCUUGGGAAACCAACUACUAACUGAUCUGGUGGAUGAUAAUUACUUUUACCUUUUUGAUUUGAAAUCGUUUUUCACUGCUAAAGCUUUGAACCUGGCUAUUCCUGGUGGUCCAAAAUUCGAACCCUUAGUAAAGGACGUGACAACCCUUGAAGAAGAUUGGAAUGAAUUUAAUGACAUUAACAAAAUCAUUAUUCGACAACCCAUUCGUACUGAAUAUAGAAUAGCAUUCCCCUAUCUCUACAACAACUUUACCAAAUAUGUUCAUUUGUCAUGGUAUCACACUCCAACUGUGGUCUUUAUUAAAACAGAAGAUCCUGAUCUUCCUGCAUUUUAUUUUGAUCCACUUAUCAAUCCAAUUGCUCAUCGACAUUCUGUUAAAGUAAAUGAGCCAGUUAUUGACGAUGAGGAAGAUUUUGAACUGCCUGAGUAUUAUCAACCAUUCCUUCAAGACUCUCCACUAUACACAGACAAUACUGCAAAUGGUAUUGCAUUGCUUUGGGCUCCAAGACCUUAUAAUCUUCGAUCUGGAACUUCUAGACGAGCACUCGAUGUACCACUUGUAAAAACAUGGUACAUGGAACAUUGUCCUUCAGCAUCACCUGUCAAAGUUCGGGUGUCAUAUCAGAAGCUAUUGAAAUACUUUGUUCUUAAUGCUCUUCAUCACCGCCCGCCGAAAGCAUUAAAAAAACGAUACCUAUUUAGGUCAUUCAAAUCAACAAAGUUUUUCCAAACUACAAAACUGGAUUGGGUUGAAGCUGGGUUACAAGUUUGUCGUCAAGGUUACAACAUGUUGAACUUGCUAAUUCACCGAAAAAAUUUGAACUACCUUCAUUUAGAUUACAAUUUUAAUCUAAAGCCAGUAAAAACACUGACAACAAAAGAGCGUAAAAAGUCUCGUUUUGGUAAUGCUUUUCAUUUGUGUCGUGAAAUCUUACGUCUCACCAAGUUAAUUAUUGAUUCACACGUGCAAUACAGACUUGGGAAUGUAGAUGCUUAUCAGCUUGCUGAUGGAAUUCAGUAUGUAUUUGCGCAUGUAGGCCAACUGACUGGAAUGUACAGAUACAAAUACAAAUUAAUGAAGCAAAUCAGAAUGUGUAAAGAUUUAAAACAUCUUCUAUACUACAGAUUUAACACGGGUGCUGUUGGCAAAGGACCAGGAUGUGGCAUUUGGGCUCCAGGAUGGAGAGUGUGGUUAUUUUUCCUUCGUGGCAUUGUUCCAUUGUUAGAACGAUGGUUGGGGAAUUUACUAGCUCGUCAGUUUGAAGGCAGACACUCAAAAGGUGUUGCAAAGACAGUUACUAAACAAAGAGUUGAGAGUCAUUAUGAUUUAGAGUUGCGUGCUGCUGUGAUGCAUGAUAUACUUGAUAUGAUGCCUGAGGGUAUUAAGCAAAACAAAGCUCGAACAAUCCUUCAACAUUUAAGUGAGGCAUGGAGAUGCUGGAAGGCUAACAUUCCAUGGAAGGUUCCUGGCUUACCUAUUCCUGUUGAAAAUAUGAUAUUACGUUAUGUAAAAGCUAAAGCGGAUUGGUGGACGAAUGUUGCACAUUACAAUCGUGAACGUAUCAGAAGAGGUGCUACAGUGGACAAAACUGUGUGUAAGAAAAAUCUUGGAAGACUGACACGUUUGUAUUUGAAAGCUGAACAAGAAAGACAACACAACUACUUAAAGGAUGGUCCAUACAUUUCUGCAGAAGAAGCUGUGGCUAUAUAUACCACUACAGUGCAUUGGCUGGAAAGCCGAAGGUUCUCACCUAUCCCAUUUCCACCACUUUCAUACAAGCAUGACACAAAAUUGCUGAUAUUGGCAUUGGAGCGGUUAAAGGAGGCUUACAGUGUUAAGAGUCGUUUGAAUCAGUCACAAAGAGAAGAAUUGGGUUUAAUUGAACAAGCUUACGAUAAUCCUCAUGAAGCUCUAUCGAGAAUCAAACGUCACUUGCUGACACAAAGAGCAUUUAAAGAGGUUGGCAUUGAAUUUAUGGAUUUGUACAGCCAUUUGGUUCCAGUUUAUGAUGUUGAGCCAUUGGAAAAAAUCACUGAUGCUUAUCUUGACCAGUACCUGUGGUAUGAAGCAGACAAACGAAGACUAUUUCCUCCAUGGAUUAAACCAGCAGACACUGAGCCACCACCAUUACUUGUUUACAAAUGGUGUCAAGGUAUAAACAAUUUACAAGAUGUCUGGGAGAGCAAUGAAGGGGAGUGCAAUGUCAUGAUGGAAUCAAAGUUUGAUAAGAUCUAUGAAAAAAUUGAUUUGACUCUACUAAACAGAUUGCUGCGUUUGAUUGUGGAUCACAACAUUGCUGAUUAUAUGACUGCCAAGAAUAACAUUGUCAUCAAUUAUAAGGACAUGAAUCACACAAAUUCAUAUGGGAUCAUUCGUGGAUUACAAUUUGCAUCAUUUGUUGUCCAAUACUAUGGUCUUGUUAUGGACCUGUUGGUUCUUGGUUUAAGAAGAGCAAGUGAAAUGGCAGGUCCGCCACAAAUGCCAAACGAUUUUUUGACUUUCCAAAGUACUGAAAUUGAGACAGCUCAUCCUAUCCGUUUGUAUUCAAGAUAUGUUGACAGAGUUCAUAUUUUCUUCAGGUUCUCAGCAGAAGGGGCUAAAGAUUUAAUCCAAAGAUAUUUAACUGAGCAUCCAGAUCCAAAUAAUGAGAACAUUGUAGGUUAUAAUAAUAAGAAAUGCUGGCCAAGAGAUGCUAGAAUGAGAUUAAUGAAACAUGAUGUUAAUUUGGGCCGAGCUGUAUUUUGGGAUAUUAAGAACCGUGUUCCUCGUUCAGUUUCAACGCUUAAAUGGGAAGACAGUUUUGUCUCUGUAUACAGUAAGGAUAAUCCUAAUUUACUCUUCAAUAUGAGUGGUUUUGAAUGCCGCUUGUUACCAAAGAUCAGAAUGACACAUGAAGAAUUCACCCACAGAGAUGGUGUGUGGAAUUUGCAAAAUGAGGUCACUAAAGAACGCACAGCACAAUGCUUUUUGCGUGUCGAUGAUGAAGCCAUGAAUAAAUUUCAUAACCGUGUCCGUCAAAUUCUUAUGGCGUCUGGUUCUACAACCUUCACCAAGAUUGUAAACAAAUGGAAUACUGCCCUUAUUGGAUUAAUGACUUACUUCCGCGAGUCUGUUGUAAACACACAGGAGUUGUUGGAUUUGCUGGUGAAAUGUGAAAAUAAGAUCCAAACACGUAUAAAGAUCGGAUUAAAUUCAAAAAUGCCUUCGCGUUUUCCUCCCGUGGUUUUUUACACACCUAAAGAACUAGGGGGUCUUGGUAUGUUGUCUAUGGGUCAUGUGUUGAUACCACAGUCUGAUCUGCGAUGGUCAAAACAAACAGAUGUUGGAAUUACACAUUUCCGUUCAGGAAUGAGUCAUGAUGAGGAUCAGGUUAUUCCAAAUUUAUACCGCUACAUUCAGCCCUGGGAGAGUGAAUUUAUUGACUCACAACGAGUCUGGGCUGAGUAUGCUCUUAAGCGUCAGGAAGCAAAUGCACAAAAUCGUCGACUAACAUUGGAAGAUCUGGAGGAUUCGUGGGAUAGAGGAAUUCCUAGAAUCAAUACGUUAUUUCAAAAGGAUCGUCACACCUUAGCCUAUGACAAAGGCUGGCGUGUUCGAACUGAUUUCAAACAAUAUCAGGUUCUAAAACAAAAUCCAUUCUGGUGGACACACCAGAGACAUGAUGGCAAAUUAUGGAACUUGAACAACUAUCGUACUGAUAUGAUACAAGCGCUUGGCGGUGUCGAAGGUAUACUCGAGCAUACGCUAUUUAAAGGAACCUAUUUCCCGACUUGGGAAGGUCUCUUUUGGGAGAAAGCAAGCGGUUUUGAAGAAUCAAUGAAAUACAAAAAACUGACGAAUGCGCAGCGUUCUGGUUUGAAUCAAAUUCCGAAUCGUAGGUUUACUCUGUGGUGGUCACCAACCAUUAACCGUGCAAACGUGUAUGUAGGUUUCCAAGUCCAGCUUGAUUUAACUGGUAUUUUCAUGCAUGGUAAAAUUCCAACGUUAAAGAUUUCACUCAUUCAAAUCUUUCGUGCUCAUUUAUGGCAGAAAGUGCACGAAAGUGUUGUUAUGGAUUUGUGCCAGGUAUUUGACCAGGAGCUAGACGCACUUGAGAUUGAAACCGUACAGAAGGAGACCAUCCAUCCUCGUAAAUCAUACAAAAUGAACAGUUCGUGUGCUGAUAUAUUACUGUUUGCUGCAUACAAAUGGAGUGUGUCCAAGCCGUCUCUGCUUGCUGAUUCAAAAGACACUAUGGACAACACAACUUCACAGAAAUAUUGGGUAGAUGUUCAACUGAGAUGGGGCGAUUACGACUCACACGACGUGGAACGUUACACACGUGCGAAAUUUUUGGACUACACUACAGACAACAUGAGUAUUUACCCGUCACCCACUGGCUGCUUGAUUGGAAUCGAUCUUGCAUACAAUCUGCACAGUGCGUUUGGUAACUGGAUACCAGGUAUGAAACCUCUCAUUCAACAAGCUAUGGCUAAAGUGAUGAAAGCUAAUCCCGCUUUGUAUGUGCUGCGAGAACGAGUUCGUAAAGCACUUCAGUUGUACUCCAGUGAACCUACUGAACCUUAUUUGUCAUCGCAAAACUAUGGAGAGCUGUUCUCUAAUCAAAUCAUUUGGUUUGUCGACGAUACUAAUGUUUAUCGAGUCACCAUCCAUAAGACGUUUGAAGGGAAUUUAACAACGAAGCCAAUCAACGGCGCCAUUUUUAUUUUUAAUCCUCGUACUGGCCAGCUUUUCUUAAAGAUCAUUCAUACAUCCGUGUGGGCAGGACAAAAACGUUUGGGCCAGCUUGCUAAAUGGAAGACUGCUGAAGAAGUUGCUGCUUUGAUUCGUUCACUACCUGUGGAAGAACAGCCGAAACAGAUUAUUGUCACAAGAAAAGGAAUGUUGGAUCCCCUUGAGGUUCAUUUGUUGGAUUUUCCAAACAUUGUCAUCAAGGGAAGUGAAUUACAACUGCCCUUCCAAGCUUGCCUUAAGGUGGAAAAACUUGGUGAUCUCAUUUUAAAAGCAACUGAGCCACAGAUGGUUCUAUUCAAUUUAUAUGACGAUUGGUUGAAAACCAUCUCCUCUUACACUGCAUUCUCGCGUUUAAUUCUCAUUUUGAGAGCACUACAUGUAAACACAGACCGAACUAAAGUGAUCUUGAAACCGGACAAGACGACGAUCACUGAACCUCAUCAUAUAUGGCCGAGUUUAACUGACGAGGAGUGGGUUCGAGUUGAGGUUCAACUGAAAGAUUUGAUUUUAGCAGAUUAUGGAAAGAAGAACAACGUAAACGUUGCUUCGCUGACCCAGUCAGAGAUUCGUGAUAUUAUUCUUGGUAUGGAAAUAUCUGCUCCGUCUCAACAGAGACAACAGAUUGCCGAGAUUGAAAAGCAAACCAAAGAUCAAUCGCAGUUGACAGCGACGACAACGAAAACGACGAAUAUCCAUGGUGACGAAAUUAUCGUCUCAACAACUAGCAGUUACGAGCGUUCGACAUUCUCGUCAAAAACCGAAUGGCGAGUACGUGCUAUAUCGGCGACGAAUUUGCAUCUACGAACCAAUCAUAUUUACGUAUCAUCAGAUGACAUAAAGGAAGCUGGCUUCACGUAUAUUUUACCGAAGAACGUGUUGAAGAAGUUUAUAGUAAUCUCUGAUUUGAGAACUCAAAUUGCUGGUUACAUGUACGGGGCGAGUCCUGCAGACAACCCACAAGUGAAGGAAAUUCGAUGUAUUGUUCUCGUUCCGCAAUGGGGUACACAUCAGACGGUCCAUUUGCCCAAUCAGUUGCCACAGCACGACUUUUUAAAGGAAAUGGAACCUCUAGGAUGGAUACACACGCAGCCAAACGAGUUACCGCAGUUAUCUCCACAAGAUUUAACAACCCAUGCAAAAGUUAUGGCUGAGAAUCCAGUGUGGGAUGGUGAAAAGACCAUUAUCAUUACUUGCAGUUUCACCCCUGGUUCGUGUUCGUUGACAGCAUAUAAGUUGACACCUUCUGGUUUCGAAUGGGGACGCAAUAACAAGGACACUGGAAACAAUCCGAGAGGCUACCUACCUUCACAUUACGAAAAGGUGCAAAUGUUGUUAUCUGACCGCUUCUUGGGAUUUUUCAUGGUACCAAUGCAAGGACCAUGGAAUUACAAUUUUAUGGGUGUCCGUCAUUCUGCUAAUAUGCGUUUCGAGUUGCAACUAGCUAAUCCAAAAGAAUUUUACCAUGAAGUGCACCGGCCGUCGCAUUUCCUUAAUUUCAGUAACAUUGAAGAAGUAGAGCAAGCAGCUGAUCGAGAAGAUGCUUUCGCUUAAAGCCAACCACGCAACAGACGUCAAUAGAACAUUAACUCCUAAACACUCUUACAACGACGUUACUGUAAUAUUUUUUAAAAACCACAUAUUUUUAAAUUUUUUUUUGCCGGUCUGUUUUAUGGUGGCCUUCUAUUUGCUCAAAUUAAGAUUUAGUAUUUAAACUGCAGCACCAAAAAUAAGUCGUGUUGCAAACAAACAAAUGUUAAACACAGCUUCAGCAGCCACAAUAUAUUUUUAAGCAAACAAACGGCUUUGUUAACUAAACGUCAACGAGUAGUCGCCAUUUAUAGACCAGCAGAAGGGGAAGGUAGAAAUAUUUGUACUGCUGUAAUACGUUAAGUAUGUGCGAAAUACUGUUCUUUUUAAAAAAAUUAGCUUGAAUGAGCAUAAUUACCGACAAAAUACUUGAUCUAAAAUGCGUUACGUUGCAGUAUGUUUUUUUAACGAAAAAUAUGUUUUGACUAUUU